AUGCGUGAGCUCAUCUACAUCAUUCUCUUGCUCUCGCUCGGUAUGAGCAUGGCGGCAAAAUCUCCUCGGAUGCUUCAGGUCGAUCAGAGCCCCUCUCCGCCCUCUGGAGCGCAGCGGUUCGUCAUGAUGGAUUGGACGGGCUCCAUCGUGCCCGGUGGUGACAACUACACAUUCCGUGGUACAAUUCAGGAGAUCGUGAGCCAGAUUCAGCACAUCGAUCCCAAUUAUGCCAUCCCGAGCACCGCAUCAGGAAGCGCCAUGGUCCAGACGCAGACCGAACGGCGCCAGACUGCUCACACGAUCUGUAUGGCUGGUGCUGCUGGUGCUUGUCCCGACAUCACGAAGGCUCUGGAUGGCAUCGAAUAUCUCAAGGGCGUUGGUGGUGACUGUGGCUUGGCUGCAGGACCAGCGACUUGCGCUCGAGUCAGCUGUUCUUGGAACUGCGGCAUCACAUGGUGCAACGACAACGACCAUUAUGUGAGCUGGAAGUGUAGCGACCUGUGGCCAUCUGCCCACAGAGUUCUUGAUCGUUGCACUUUUGGCGCUGGCGUCUGGGGCCAGACGUUCGACGAGCAAGGGUUCAAUGUCAUUGUUGGCUUCUCUUCGUGCUGA